AUGGCGCAAACUCGACACCCUCAGCAACAGCAGCAGCAGCAGCCUCCGCCGCAAUUCUCCACCCAACCUUUCUCUCCUCCUGUCUCCUCCCCAUCUCCUCACGCUGCUUCGCCUGUGAAUGGAGGCGUAGCACCUCCUCCAUCGAAACGUCCCCGUCUUUCUCCUCUACCGCCAUCCCAGACACAAUCGCCCUACGCGUCCCCGAGCUUUGGCGCGAUGCAGCUUCCACCAAACCAACCCCCCAUGAACGGGACAGCUCCGAACAGCAUGCCAUCAACACCUGCUCCUCAAGCGCCUGCCCCUGCAGGUACCAUGGGUCCGCCAUCACGCCCAGUUGAUAAGACAACAGAUGCGGCGGAGUUGACGGAUGUUCUGGCAUCGUCUGGUAUUGAUGUGAGAGAAGAAGAGGCAUUCCUCACGCGCAGCUUUUCAGGGCCCAAUGCGCAGGCGCAGGCGGCUCCUCGAGCGCAAACACCUCAACAGCCACCUCCUAUCAACACAUCUUUCAACUCCCAAGCCUCCACAACGGGAACUCUUUCAGCGUCGAGCAGCUUUGGCGAGUUGCCCCACAUAAAACCGGUUGUCCAGCAGCAGCAUUCGUUUUCCGAACCAGCCUCUCAACCCCCCGUUCCAUUCAAAGAUCCGAAUGAGCCGACCCGUGAGGAUACGGAGGCCGCACGGCGGUCGCAAUACCAUCUUCAAGAACCGUUUCUGCUAGCUAAGCUGCUGGAGCAGAAGAUUCAGAAGCGAGGCUUUGACCUUGGUGUUCGCAUCCCCUCUGAAGGACUAUUUCAUCCCGUUCCUGGGCGACCCCAGCCUAUCGAAGUUACAGGCCCUGAUGGAUCAUCCGUAAUUCGUACUGGUCAAACAAUUUUGAAUCAAGAGGGUGCUCCUCUUGUGGAUAUCUUGAACUUGAUGUCUCUUUCUUGCGAAGAACGUCUGAGGGGCAUCGUUGAUUACUCUUCUGCCCUUUCUCGCAGCCGUCGAGCACACUCACAUGGAGUCGUCCCUGACGAAUGGCAAGAUGUUGCACAAUCUUCAAAACAGGGUCUUGGGGAUAUGGCAACGCCUUCCAAGCGACCUCAAUCAGAAAUCGAAACACCCCCUUCUAAACCUAUCGCGGACAAAUACCGGAGUCUUGUUAGCCGAGAGUCAUCACAGGAGCACAGGCGUGCUGCAAAGCGAGCUAAGCGCAGUGCAAACGCCACUGUGGGAGAAAUCACAGGCAACCGAGCUGAAUCCGUUGAUCUUAAUUCUGCUCCUUCCACGCCAAUCGCAGAGAAGGCCCCCAGCUUCGAUAAAAAAUCAAUGACCAAGAAAGAGGCAAAGAAAAUGCAGGAUUCUAAGGCUACUGAAGCGCAGCAACAUCAGCAGUCCGUCGAGACGGCACGAAUGGCCACCAAUAGCAUGCUCUCUGGACGGAUGUUUGGAACUAAAAAGUCAUAUUCAUGGUUAAAACCUGGCGGAUCUUCCAGCGGGUUCUCGUCACCCUCACGGCCCAACCCUCCCACACCAACUCCUGGGUCCGACAAGCCUAGUCGUUCUGGAGAAACACCAGCCGGCCCACCCAAGCGACGAAUUGGGGCGUGGCGCGAAGAUCAAGAGAAGGGGGCUGGUAUCCAGGUCCGAGAUCUCUUGUUUAUGCUCGAGGCAGAUGGACGAGGCAUCAAGCAUGUGCAGAGAGGUUAUUCAAAGGAUCCAAAGGAAGACCGUGCAGUAUAA